CGGCUGACAUUCCAGGAUGUGGCCAUAGACUUCACUCAAGAGGAGUGGGAAUGCCUGGACCUCGGUCAGCGAGAAUUGUACAGGGACGUGAUGUUAGAGAACUACAGGAACCUGGCCUCCUUGGGUCUUGUGGUCUCUAAGCCAGACCUGGUCACCUUUCUGGAGCAAAUGCAGAAUCCCUGGGAUGUAAGGAGACUGGAGACGCCAGCCAUAUACACAGCUGUGUCUUCUCACAACACCCGUGGUUUGAUGUCAAAGAAUCCAAGAUUAGAAAAUUUAAUCCAAAAAGCAAACCUAGGAAUAUAUGAAAGAGCUUACCUUGGAAACGAACAUUUAAUGAAAGACCAGGAACAUACGGGGGUAUGUGAAAAACCUAGAAGAUGUUUAUAUGGACAGAAAGAAACCGAGACAGUUUCACACAAUGUGGACAUUACUGCCCAAAGAAGUGAGCAAUGUGAGUCAAACUGCAGAAAACACCCAUUUCAGUUAUCAACAUCUGCAGAGAAGUGUAUCUCUUCAAGCAAAGGCUUAAAUCAUUUUUUGAAACAUACACAUUCUCUGAAGGGAAAUGUGGAAAAUCGGGAAAGUCAUCCAGUCUCUACUGCAAAUACUCAUGCAAACCGCUCUGAACACAGGCUUCGAUUACACAUACAUUCAAGCACGUCUGAAAACCAGAAAGUUAAAAAUGAUGGGGAAAACUCACAAUAUAAUCAGUUUGAGGGAUCUGUGAGCAAGGGGUCAUUAUUCUUCCACCAACAGACAGUUUCUCUCUGUUCCAAAAUGUGUAAUGUUGAUAUUAAUGGAAAAGAGUUAAUCCCACCAUCACUGUUCAAUACACAUCAUGAUACGGUUAAUACGGAACAACUUCUCACGUGUAAUAACACGAGUCAGGCCUUAAGUAAGAGCUCUACCCCCAAUGAUUACAAGAAUAUUUAUGAUGGAGUGAGAAGCCAUUCAUGCAAUGAAACUGGGUGUAAAACUGCACAAGACUCUCACCCUAUGAAACAUCAGGGACCUCAAUCUUCAGACAAAGAUUCUGAAAAUAGUACAUGGAGGAACAUCUUUUAUCAAACAUCAGGUUUUCCACUAAAUGAGAGUACACAUACCGGAGAGAAGACUUACAAUUGUGAAUAUGGUCAUGUCUCUAAUCAGCCUUCAAAUCUCACUCAACAGCAGAGUAUUCAGAAUCUGCAGAAAAGUUACAAGUGUAAGCAAUGUGAGAAAGCCUUUACUAACUCAUCCAGUCUAAGUAGACACAGGAAAAUUCAUUCAGGAUGGAAACCUUUCAAAUGUACAGAGUGUGGCAACACCUUUAAUCAGAAUUCAGAGCUUAGUCAAGAUCAGCAAGUCCACACUGGCAAGAAACCUUAUGAAUGUAAAGAAUGUGGAAAAGCAUUUAUGUCUCACUCAAACCUUAGUCAACACCAGCGAAUUCACACUGGGGAGAAGCCUUAUAAGUGUACAAAGUGUGGCAAAGCCUUUAAUCAGAAGUCACAUCUUACUGAACACCAGAGAAUUCAUACUGGGGAGAAGCCUUAUAAAUGUAAGGAUUGUGGCAAAGAAUUUAACCGGUGCUCCGGGCUUACUUGCCAUCAGAGAAUUCACACUGGAGAGAAGCCUUAUAAAUGUAAAAAAUGCAGAAAAGCCUUCAGUCACCACUCAAGUCUUAUUCAACACCAGCGAAUUCACACUGGGGAGAAGCAUUAUAAAUGUACAAAGUGUGGCAAAGCCUUUACUCAGAAGUCACAUCUUACUCAACACCAGAGAAUUCAUACUGGGGAGAAGCCUUAUAAAUGUAAGGAUUGUGGCAAAGAAUUUAACCAGUGCUCAAGUCUUACUUACCAUCAGAGAAUUCAUACUGGAGAGAAACCUUAUAAAUGUACAGAAUGUGGGAACUCCUUUAGACAGAACUCAACUCUUACAGAACACCAGCGAAUUCAUACUGGGGAGAAGCCUUAUAAAUGUAAGGAUUGUGGCAAAGACUUUGUUAAGAACUCAGGUCUUACUUACCAUCAGAGAAUUCAUACUGGAGAAAAACCUUAUAAAUGUAAAGAAUGUGGAAAAGCCUUCAGGGACCAGUCAACUCUUACUCAACACCAGCGAAUUCAUACUGGAGAGAAACCUUACAAAUGUAAAGAAUGUGGAAAAGCCUUCUUCAAGCACUCACAUCUUACUCAACAUCAGAGAAUUCAUAGUGGAGGAAAAACCUUACAAAUGUAAGGAAAGUGGCAAAGGCUUUAAUCAGAGCUCUCACCUUAUUAG